AUGGCCGACCAUGGCAGCAAUAUAGACUUUUGCACCCUAGGCAUGUUCAUCAUCGAUGAGAUUGAAUUCCCCCCACCAAAACCCCCGGUCAAGGACAUUGUCGGAGGAGCAGGAACAUACUCCGCACUAGGCGCACGCAUCUUCUCUCCCCCGCCCCAGUCACGAAGCGUGGGCUGGAUUGUAGAUUGCGGAUCAGACUUUCCUCACCAACUACGCGACUAUAUUGCGCAGUGGGACACUGGGGUGCUAAUGCGAGAAACGCCUGACCGGCUGACUACGCGUGGAUGGAAUGGCUAUGUGGGUGGCAACGAGCACCGAGCUUUCCGAUACCUGACGCCCAAGCUGCGUCUAGACCAUCAGGCGCUUCAAGGCACGCCAUUGCUUUGGUCCAAGUCCUUCCACUUGAUCUGUUCACCCUUACGCUGCAUUGACCUGGUGGAAAACAUCCUCGCACUACGCAAGCAACAAGACAAGUCGGCUGAGGCGCGUCGUCCAAUCUUCAUUUGGGAGCCUGUGCCUGAUCUGUGUACAACCGAUGAGUUCGACAACUGUCUAAAAGCACUCAAGUACAUUGACAUCAUUAGCCCUAAUCAUGGUGAGCUUGGCGGCUUCUUUGGCAAAAACACAGAUGGCCUAGAUCAAGUCGACUACCGAACAAUUGAAGACUUGACCAGUCAGUGGUUGGAUAGUGGCAUCGGGCCAGACGGGAAGGGAGCAGUUGUGGUGCGGUGCGGAAAAGACGGCUGCUUGAUAGCACGCAAAGGGCAGCGCAAAUGGAUGCCUGCAUACCACCAGUCGGCAGAGAAGGUCGCUGACCCUACGGGCGGAGGCAACAGCUUCCUAGGUGGCCUUGCGGUUGGCGUGCUGCGCGGCAAGUCUAGCUCAGUCAUGGAGAAUGUGGAGAAUGGUGCAAUGUGGGGGUCAAUAUCAGCCAGCUUUGCCAUUGAACAAGUCGGCAUGCCUGUGCUCUCUCACUCGGCCCAGGGAGAGACAUGGAACGGUGUUUGUGUCGAAGAUAGGCUUUCAGAUUUCAAGCAGCGGUUGGCUAGUUAUAUACAGCCAUAG